UGUGUGUGUGUGUGUAUAUGUGUGUUAAUCAGUCACCUUCUCCUUAAAGGAGCAACAUGUAGACAGGACACCAAGCAUUUAAAAUCAGCACUGCGUUCCAAAUUCACUAUACUGGAGAGUGUUAUUUCCCCCCUCCCCAGACGUGCCCUCACCAGUGUCAAGUGAACCAGUGAGGGCUGGUCAGGUGCUGCUGAUACGAGAGGCAGAGGGAGGAGAGGAUGAGCUAGAGAGAGGAAGAGGAGGAGGAGAAAAGAGUGCAGGUAUGCAAGGUACAUCGUGUUCCAGAGUCCACACUAGAAUCUGAGGGUGACCCCCUUUUGCAGUUUUGGCCCAUAACCUCUGGAACUUUGGCCCGUAAACUCUAUAAUUUCAGAGCUGCUUCAUCUUUGGGUACUUUUAAGUGCUUUUUAGUAAGUAUACACUUCUGUGCUUGUUUAUCAAUCAUAUUUUAAUUUAUUUUUUAUCAAACAUAAAUCUAUAUAUUUUUUUCUUUUGUUUUACGGUAUUGUUCAUUAUUAUACUUAUCCUGUAGAGCACCUUAGACUCAGACAGGUGCUAUAACCACUCAGGCAGGUGCUAUAACCACUCAGGCAGGUGCAAAACCACUCAGACAGGUGCUAUAACCACUCAGGCAGGUGCUAUAACCACUCAGACAGGUGCUAUAACCACUCAGGAAGGUGCUUUACUCACUCAGGCAGGUGCUAUAAUCACUCAGACAGGUGCUAUAACCACACAGGAAGGUGCUAUAACCACUCAGACAGGUGCUAUAACCGCUCAGGCAGGUGCUAUAACCACUCAGACAGGUGCUAUAAUCACUCAGACAGGUGCUAUAACCACUCAGACAGGUGCUAUAAUCACACAGGAAGGUGCUAUAACCACUCAGGCAGGUGCUAUAACCGCUGUUUCCCUUACGGGCCCUAGAUGAGUCGUGUCAAACCUGCCCGCUGACUCUUGCCGUGUCCCUCAGACUGCUACUGCUGACUGACACUCCAGCCCAGCUCUGUGGGGCCUCCCCUUUAGGGUGUGUGUGUGUGUGUGAGUGUGUUUGUGUGAGAGAGAGAGAGACAGAGAGCUUUUUCUGUUUGUAUCUGAGAAACUUUGAGUGGUUGAUUGUGUGUGUGUGUGUGUGUGUAUGUAUGGGGGGGGGGGGUUGUGUGUACAUCUUAUAUGUCUGAUAUCUGAGAAAAGAACUCUCAGGCUGUGUGUGUAUAUGUUUGCUAUAGAUCGUUUGUGACCAGCUCAGUGUGUGUGCAUGUAUACACGCAUAACUGUAUGCAUCUUUAUUGAUUAGAUCACAAUAAGAAACAUCUGAAGUCCCUCCACAGUUCCAUUUCCCAUGAUCAGAUAAGGCCCCAUAAACAGCCCAUCUGAUUCCCCUGGCUCAACACGAAGGCCUCCCCUCCCAGGUGCAGUUAAACAGUCACCAGGGCAGAUAGCAAGACUGAUGGGCUGAUGGGCUGUACCACGCCGAGAUAAGUUAGGUGGAGGGUUCAGUAACAGGGUCAAGUGCUUUACUGCUCAAGUUGUUGUCCCUUUUACGGCAGUGCGUGCCUGAACUACCCAACGCAAAUGUGACGCAAACGUGACGGCCGUAUAAGACUGAGAGAGACGACGAUGCCUGAGCGUCUUGUUGUUUUCUCUGUGUGCUUCACGUCGUCUGGUGAAGACUCUUGGUGUUUGCUUCAUGUCGUCUGGUGAAGACUCUUGGUGUUUGCUUCAUGUCGUCUGGUGAAGACUCUUGGUGUUUGCUUCAUGUCGUCUGGUGAAGACUGUUGGUGUUUGCUUCACGUCGUCUGGUGAAGACUCUUGGUGUUAAAGACGUUGUCAGGUGAAGACUCUUGGUGUUUGAGUCGGUGUCAGCAGUAUUUCUAUGCUAGUGGGUGUCCCUGGUUAGUUUGUUUUGCAGCCGCAGUGACUAAAGGUUAGCUCUGGUGCACAUUGUAGUCUCACAAUAGGCUCUGUUUCGGCUUACGGUGCAACUCAGUGCUACUGAUUGUGAGGCCGGCCUGCACCGUAUUAGUGGUGUCCGCUACCCCCCCUGCAGUGAGUGUAUGUGGCCUCUUCCUGUGGAAACACAGCAGUGUAUACAAGUGCUCAGGCUUUAUGUGUUUUUGUUUUGGGUGUUGAGUGUGUAGAUGAGUUGGUCUAAGUUUCAUCUGAUGGUGCGGCAGUGGGCUGGGUGACUGUGGCUGGGGAUGCUAGUCGUCUAACUGGUGUGGAUGCUAGCUGCGCUAGUGGUGUUGAUGCCGGCUUGGUGACUGUGGUGACUGCUAGCUGUGUAGCAGUGUGAGAGUAGAGCGGCUAGGCUAGCCCUGCGGAGCUUUAGUUAGUGCUGCUAAGCUGCUCGUAGUUAAGGGGUCGUCGGGUGCCGAGGGGAACCUGGGAGAACCGGAGGAUGAGGAGACAUCGGCGCGUGAGUCCCACCGGGAUGGAUAACCCGGUUCUAGAGAUGACUGACGGACCUCUCAGUCCGGUAGCACAUCAUUCUCUCAGUACGCAGGUUUCCAGGACAACGGUGUCCAGUGCGGUUCGGAUGGCAGCCCAGUGGGCCUCCUACACCUGUAGCCGCUGGAAAAGAGCCGCACAGAAGUGUGUUAGGAAGAAACCCACAGGAGAAUGCAUCGGUGAGAAGUAUAAGGGCCUGGCGUGGGACGAGGACACUGUGGACGGAUUGGAGCGCACACUGCGUCUCAACAAGAACCUCCUGGACCACUUCAGAGUGCUGGCGGCCAGCAACGAGGAGACAGACGAGGUGGACCUGCCUUUCCUGAAUGGAGUUCUCACAGACGGGGCUGACCCCAACACAGCGGACAAAUACGGCCAGACGGUGAUGCACGAGAUCUCCCGGGCGUGGAACGUGGACGUGAUGCGGUUCUUCCUGGAGAGGGGUGCAGAUGUGCAGAGGGCCGAUGUGUUUGGGGUCACUCCCCUGCAUGUAGCUGCCGCGCUCGACUACGAGGAGAUGGUCCUCUACCUGCUUGAUAAAAGAGCGGACAUCAGUGCGCUCACACACAGAGACCAGCAGACUCCUCUGCACUUUGCUGCUAAGAAUGACGCAGUGGGCGCGCUCAGGAUCCUCCUCCAGCACGGGGCUGACAUCACCGCCAGAGACUACAAACAGAGGACGCCGCUCCAGCUAGCUGCUAACCUCGACCGCAGUGAGGCAGCUCGUACCCUGAUUGAGCUGGGGGCUGAUGCAGGAGUGCAGGACUCUGAUGGCCAGCUCUGCAUCACCGCCAUGAUUGGCAAGAUGACCCCUGUGGCCCAUCUGGCCCUGAAUCAGUUCCACGUGACGGACAGAAUGACCCGGCAGCAGUUCUACUACCUCCACCUGCUGGAACCAGAACCGCACUGCAAGAAGAACUCACAUUCUCCAGGAACAGUCUGUAGUGAGCCAACAUCGCCGCUGGAGUUUAUUGUGCGUCAGGGAAAGCUGGACCUCAUCAUGCACCCUGUGGUUCUGAAGCUCAUCACUGUCAAGUGGGAUCUUUAUGGCAGGCUGGGAGCAUGGAUACUCCUGGUGCUGAACUUCCUCUUCAUCCUGGCCUGGACCACAGUGGCCAUCUCUGUGUCGGUGGUCAGGGACAAGGGGCGGCCGUACGUGUUCCCAGAGGACUGGUGGCGUGUGUUGGUGGUGGUAAUCGCUCUGCUGCUGACGGCUCAGGAGGUGUUCCGUGAGGUGCGAGAGGUGCAGGUGUCUCGCCGGAAACUCAGACGAUGGCAAAGCUGGAGCAUCAGACGCAUCAACGAAGACCUGGCCUGCACACACCCCAUGUGGCCUGAGGAGAGGCACUACCUGGAGGAGCAGAUAAGGUUCAUCCGGAAAAUGAAGGGCAGUUAUGCUCAGGACCUUUGGAACAUAUUUGAUUGGCUGGUGUAUGUACUGCUGAUAGCAGUGCUGGGCCUCCACCUGGCAGACAUCUUCCUGGUGUCAGGCUCGCUGCACAUGUACAGCCUGAGACUCUUCGCUGUGGUUGUCAUCUUCCUCUGGCUGCGGCUGAUGAAGCACGUCAGAGCCUUCAGGGUGAUGGGCCCCUUCAUCGUGAUGCUGGGGAAGAUCGUGGGUGAUGUCCUGAGGUUCCUCUUCCUGUACGCAGAGAUCUACAUCCCCUACGCAUGCUCUUUCUGGAUCAUAUUUGGAGGCACAGCGGCUGUGCCCAGCAUGCAGACGGUGCCGAAGCUCCUCUACAGCCUGUACCGCAUCACGCUGGUGGACGAGUACGAGUUUGACGCCAUGGUGGCGGUGGACUCCAUCAUGGCCCACCUGCUGUGCGGCACCUUCCUGGCGCUGUCGGCCGUCCUGUGCGUCAACCUGAUGAUUGCCCUGCUCUCAGACACAUUCCAGAGGGUGUAUGAUAACGCAUUAGCAAACGCUGUGAUGCAACAGGCUGCCAUCGUAGUACAGGUGGAGGAGUCCAUGCCACGCCUUCGCCGUUUCUAUGACAACCACUACAUCCACCAGCACUGUGCACCUCUGGGGGAGUACUAUGAUGAUGAUGUCACCACUGACCGCUUCCAGUAUGCUGAGAUGAAGAAGAUUACCUCACAGAUAAAAGAUACUCUAGAUGAGUUUCUGGAGAUCCAAAAAGAGUCGGAUCCCUGUGAACCUGAACGACCAGAUGACGAGAACAUGGGUUCAGGGUUGAGGCGGCGGUCCUGGGCUGGGAGAGAGGGAAGUCUGCGGCUCGCCCAGCGGCAGCACAGUGUGGAGAUGAGCACCCUCAGAACAGACGUCAAGGAGCUGCAGUCACUCCUGCUCCAGCUUGUCCAGUCCCAGCCAGCCCCUAAACCCUCAGGUGGGGACACUAGGUUGAAUCCACUUCAUGGCCUCAGCGAGGAAGCAGAGGUGGAAGCAACUGUACUGGAAGAGAACAGAUUGCCAGAAUCUCAGACAGAUGAGCUACAGCAACUGACCUCAGAGUGUGCCGAGAGAGACAGAGAGUCUAGUCCUGGACCCAUGUACAAGGAGCAAGCCUUCUAAAAGCCUUACAUACACACACACACACACACACACACACACACACACACAUACAUAAAUACACACACUCACACAUACA